GAGAUACGUUUGAUAGUGCUGACCUGUAUUUUACUGCUGGUACCCACUACUCAUGAAAAUUAUGUGAUCAUAGGGAACUUACUCAGUUAUUUACUGAAUGCAUUGAGGAUAUUUCCUGAGAUUAACCCUUUGUAUCCGCAGCCAAAAUAUAUUGAUGAAAAUUCCACUCAUGACUUCAUAGUUGUUGGAUCAGGUCCUACAGGAUCGGUAUUAGCAAACAGAUUGACCGAAAUUCCCGAAUGGAACGUCUUGCUACUCGAAUCAGGAGAGGAAGCAAGCAGGGUAACAGAUCUUGCUUUCUUAUGUGGAGCGCUGGAAUUCACUGAAUAUAAUUGGGGAUUCAAAACAGAACCACAAAAUGGGUUUUGUAGAGGUUGCAAUGAAGGAAGAAUGGAAUGGCCCCAUGGCAAUGCACUUGGCGGAACCUCUAUAAUCAACUACAUGAUUUUCGUCAGAGGUAACAGGCUUGACUAUGACAGAUGGGCAGCUAAAGGAAACCCAGGCUGGUCUUAUGACGAUGUUUAUCCUUAUUUCCUGAAAUCGGAGGAUGCCCAUAUCGCAAGGAGCGAUAGGAAUUACCAUCAACAAGGCGGUUAUUUGACAAUCACCGAUGUUCCCUAUCGGACUGAAGCUGCGCAUGCUUAUGUAAAAGCAGCACAACAAGCUGGUCAUCCUUAUACCGACUAUAAUGGAGCAGAACAACUUGGAGUGUCAUACGUUCAGGCAACCUUGAGAAACGGUAGAAGAUGCAGCUCUGAGAAAGCAUUUCUCAGACCGGUGAGGAAACGUAGGAAUCUAAAGAUAAGGACGGGCUCUAGAGUGGUAAGAAUACUUAUCGAUGCACACACGAAACGAGCCUACGGUGUUGAAUAUGUUCGACGUGGUAGAACCCAUUUCGCGUUCGCAGAUAAGGAAGUUAUCCUAUCUGCUGGGUCUUUGAAUACUCCUCAACUCCUGAUGUUGUCAGGAAUAGGACCCGAAGAGCACCUUCAAUAUUUAGGAAUACCAAUUGUUCAGAAUCUUCCGGUUGGUGUGACAAUGUAUGAUCACCCCACUUAUCCGGGAAUUGUAUUUCGAUUGAAUGAAAGUAUAGCACUCGACGAGGUCAGAAUUCUUCUCGAUCCUGCAAAUCAUUUAGAAUUUAAACGAGGAAGAGGAGCCUUUACAACUAUAGGAGGAGUAGAAGCGAUAACUUACAUAAGGACCAACAUUUCUACUGAUCCUGAUCCAUCGUUCCCUGACAUGGAACUGUUCAUGGUAGGAGGAUCGAUGAAUACAGAUUUCGGUAUAAUAUACAGAAAAAUCUUCAAUAUUCCUCCAGAUAUGUACGAUAAAGUAUGGAAACCAUUAGAAGGCAAACCAGUUUACCAGGUAUUCCCAAUGUUAGUUCAUCCGAAAUCAAGAGGUUACAUUGAACUGAAAUCGAAAAAUCCGUUCGAGGCUCCAAAAUUCUUUGCGAACUAUCUCUCAGAUCCAGAGAACUUAGAUGUAAAAACAUUCAUAGCAGGAAUAAGAGAAAUUCUAAAAAUCAAUGAGAGUCCAGCGAUGCAGAAAUAUGGAAGUACUCUAGUCGACAUUCCUUUACCAGGAUGUGAAAAUGAGAUAUUCGAUUCUGACGAAUACUGGGAAUGCUCUCUGAGGACUCUGAUAGGCAGCCUCUACCAUCAGGUAGCUACUUGUAAGAUGGGACCAAAAUCAGAUCCGGAAGCUGUGGUGGACCCAAGACUCCGGGUAUAUGGAAUGAAAGGACUACGAGUAGCAGACACUAGUAUCAUACCACAGCCUGUCACAGCUCAUACAGUCGGUCCAGCUUAUAUGAUUGGAGAAAAAGCUGCCGAUAUCAUCAAAGAAGACUGGAAACGUAUAUAA